UUUUUUAAUAAUUUCCCCGAACCCAUCACAAAAACAAUAAUAGAAACACAUUUCCUUCAGAUUCCUCCAUUCAUUUUCUUCUGCCUGUCACUGUCACCAACUCUCCUCAAAAAAAUCAUCGAGCUCUCUUUCUGGGCCAUUGAGUUUAUUCUUGGAGAAUAAUUUGUCUACUUUCUCGAAGCACAAGAACAAUGCCUGAGAAAAUAACGUCAGAGGACUUUUUGAACAAUCUAGUAGAGACCGUUGCUGAUAGUGUUUCUAAGAAGAAAUCUGUGUCUUUCUUUGAGGAAGAAAAAUCAAACUCAGUUGUUUCUAGCUUCAAUCGGCUUUUUGGACGUCAGAGGCCUAUACACCAUAUUUUGGGGGGUGGAAAAUCUGCUGAUGUUUUAUUAUGGAGGAACAAGAAGAUCUCAGCCAGUGUUUUAGCUGGUGCAACAGCAAUAUGGGUUCUCUUUGAAUGGCUUAAUUACCAUUUCCUGACCCUUCUAUGCUUUGCUGUGGUUCUUGGCAUGCUUGCUCAGUUUGUUUGGUCAAAUGCCUCAGGUUUACUUAACAGGUCACCUUCUAAAGUGCCACGCCUUGUUCUGCCCGAUGAAUUAUUUGUCAGCAUUGGUAGGUCACUUGGUGCUGAGGUGAACCGAGGUUUACAGUUCCUGCAGGAUGUUGCAUGUGGAGGAAAUUUGAAACAAUUUCUUCUGGUUGCGGUAAGCUUAUGGGUUGCUGCUGUUAUAGGAAGUUGGUGCAACUUUUUGACUGUUUUGUACAUUGGUUUUGUUGCAGCCCAUGCAUUACCAGUCCUGUACGAGAAGUAUGAUGAGCAAAUUGAUAGCUUUGUUUACAAUGUGUUUGACCAAUUCCAAAAUCACUAUAAAAAGCUGGAUUCUGGUGUCUUGAGCAAGAUCCCCAAGGGAAAAUUCAAGCUCAAGAAGCAUGAUUAGGUACAUUUGUUCACAUCCAUUAGAUCUUCAGAUUUUCUCCAGCAUAUCAUAAUUUAGCCGGGGAUCCAAUCAAGCAGUUGUCAUUUAUAGAAUAUAUCGUGAUAGGAUUCUUGAAUAAAUGGUGUGUUAUUCAUGUGACAUACCACGUUGAAUCUUGUAAAUGGCUUGCCAAGCUCUGCUGCUAGGUUUAGGAGUGAUUUGGGUUUUGGUUGCACUUGAUGUUGAAUAGGAAUUUGACUGGUGCAUUGGCAGAUACACCAACCAACUUAAAUCCUGCCUGAUAAGUAUAACCAUAUGUAUUUAUUAUGAAGUCGUUGCUCUA